AUGGCUGAUGUUAUACGUGCUGCGGGUAUGCUAGUUUAUCGUUAUAAAGCUGGUCAAAUCGAAUAUUUAUUAUUGCAAGCAUCUUAUUCUCCAUAUCAUUGGUCUCCACCGAAAGGUCAUGUUGAUCCUGGUGAAGACGAAUGGUCGGCUGCAUUACGCGAAACCUUUGAAGAAGCCGGAAUUGCGGCCGAUAACUUGGAUAUACAUAUGGACUUCAUGGAAGUUCUGAAGUAUGUAGUGGGAAUAAGUAACCAACAUGGAGAAGAGGUUAACAAACAAAAAACAGUCAAAUAUUGGUUAGCAAAGCUGAAAGAUAAUAAAGAAAUUAGAUUAUCAGGUGAGCAUAAAGACGGCAGAUGGCUAUCGGCCGAUGAAGCCAUCGUGUUGGCGCAAUACAAAGAAAUGCAGGAUUUGAUUCGAAAAGCGCAGAAAUAUUUAGUUCGUGAAAAAUAG